AAAAACUGAAGAACAGACCCGCAACUUUAAAGUGUUUCGAAGAAGACUUUGAAUGGGCUGCUAGAGAGGUUGAAUUUGCAUUUAAUCGGAGUGAUACCAGUGGCACUAGCCCACAUUCUGCCAGUCAGUGUGACUCUGGUGGUGGUGACAUAAAAGAAAAUGUGGAAAACAAUGCGUCAGGACCAGUAGAAGAGGCAAACACUCUGACAGAACCUUGCAUCAAUACUCAACCCACUGCCAGUCAAUGUGACUCUAGUGGUGGUGACAUAAAAGAAAAUGUGGAAAACAAUGCGUCAGGACCAGUAGAAGAGGCAAACACUCUGACAGAACCCUGCAUCAAUACCCAACCAACUGUCAGUCAAUGUGACUUUGAGUUUGGUGACAUAAAAGAAAGUGUGGAAAACAGUGUGUCAGAACCUAUAGAAGAGGCAAACACUCUGACAGAACCCUGCAUCAAUACCCAACCCACUGCCAGUCAAUGUGACUUUGAGUUUGGUGACAUAAAAGAAAGUGUGGAAAACAGUGUGUCAGAACCAGUAGAAGAGUGUGGAAAACACUGCAUUAAUACCCAAGCCACUGCCAGUCAAUGUGACUUUGAGUUUGGUGACAUAAACGAAAGUGUGGAAAACAGUGUGUCAGGACCAGUAGAUGAGGCAAACACUCUGACAGAACCCUGCAUCAAUACCCAACCCUCUGCCAGUCAAUGUGACUUUGAGUUUGGUGACAUAAAAGAAAGUGUGGAAAACAGUGUGUCAGGACCAGUAGAAGAGGCAAACACUCUGACAGAACCCUGCAUCAAUACCCAAACCUCUGCCAGUCAAUGUGACUUUGAGUUUGGUGACAUAAAAGAAAGUGUGGAAAACAGUGUGUCAGAACCAGUAGAAGAGGCAAACACUCUUAUAGAACCCUGCAUCAAUAGCCCACCCACUGCCAGUGAGAGUUCUGAGUGUGAUAACUUAAAUGGAGGUAUGAAAAACUACAUGACAGAAACAAUAAAAGAGACUGAAACACUGAUAGAAAGCGGUGAAAAUACAGAGCAUUCUUCCAGCGAAGGUGAAUCAGAUAAUGAUUACAUUUCAGUUAUGCCAUGCAGUUCUAGGUAUAAAAAAUAUUCAGAAAGUGAUCAGUCAGAAUCAGAGUAUGUAGAAUGUUCUGACCUUGAGGAAUGUACUGAUGUUGGGGCAUCAGCUGUUCAUGGCCCUGUGUUGGAUGAAAAAUACAAAAGUCGUGACAUAAAUCUUCCAGACAUCUACAUUAGGAAACUUAGGAAAAGCGCAUAUAGUUCAAAUGCACAGGCAGCACGAAAAAAAGCGUUCAAUAAGAGGGUAUAUGAUAAUUAUCAUGCUUGCCUGUACUGUGGUGUCAUGGUCCAACAUAUUGAUACCCAUCUACGAAAUAAGAAACAUAGGAAAAUUCCUGAUGUAAAAAGAUUGCUCGAGGAAGAAAAACCAGAUUUCUUGGGAAUCCAGAAAUUAGGGGAUCACAAACACAAUGUGAGAGUUUUGAAAGAAGGACGUGGUGAACUCAUUUUAAGAAGGAGACCAAGCACUUACCUUGAUGUACGUGAGUUUGGGCCAUGUCCUGAGUGUAAGCAGUGGAUUUUGUUGAAAAACUUAAAACAGCAUUAUAGAAAUUGUGCUACACGAAAAUCAAAGGUAAAGAAGGGUCAGCUUAUAGUGCAGAGCCAGGUUCUUGCUGGAGUCAUCAGUACAAGACCUUCUAAACUGAUGCUUCAGGAAGUAUUUCCUAUUAUGACUAGAGAUGAUAUAGGUACAGUGGCACAAAAUGACCCUCUCAUUGUAGCUCUUGGAGAGAGUUGGCUAAGAAGGUCCAUAGAUAAUGAAGCAAAAAGAAAAUAUUACACUUCUCAACACAUGAGACUGAUGGCAAGACUUUUGAUUGAACUAAGGAAAGCAGAUGAGAAAAAUGCUGAGAAGGCUUUAGAUGAGUUUAUCAGAACUAAAUACUAUGACGCUCUAAUGGCAGCAACAAUUCAAUGUUGUAUGCCAUAUAUGGAUGAUGAAGAGGACCUGAAGUCACCUAGUAACGCAAUUAAGCUGAAAUAUGAUCUAAUAAGAGUAGUCAAUGCAAAAUGGGCACUUCUGGUGCAAGAUAAUCCCCAUAGCCUACAUGCUGAAGAGAUGAUGAAAUUUGAUAGGCUGAUUUCUGUACAGUGGGGAGAGAGAGUAACUAAACUUGCACGUGCUGUUUUGGUACGCAGACGGUUUAAGAUGAAGAAAGAGUUGCCAAGUCCAGAAGAUGUUAUGAAACUGACGAAGCACAUUGUCAGUGAACUAGAAUCGACAGCUCUCACACCAGAGAAUUUCUUUCGAAUAGUGCAGUUGGUACAAACUAGACUGCUUCUUUAUAAUAAAAGGAGAAGUGGAGAAAUUGAUGCUGUCAGCUUGGAAAGUUUUGCUGGUAAAACUAAGGAAAUAGAUGAUUUGGAUCAGUCAAUGCUAGGUGAAUUAACAAAAGUAGAGCAAUACCUGCUGAAAACACAGGAAAUGAUGAUAGUCAGAGGAAAAGGAAACAGACCGGUCCCAGUUCUUAUUCCAGGAGAUGCCAAAGAACCUCUAGAGUAUAUUGCUUCUUGGCAAGCAAGACAGAGCCAAAACAUCCCCGCAGCCAACAAGUACCUGUUCCCAAUCAAUGGGUUGACACACAUGAGGGCAUAUGAUUCUCUAAAACGUACCUGUAGUGAAUGUUGUCUGACUGCUCCCAGUAGAAUCACAAGUGUAUCAAUGAGGAAGUACACAGCCACAUUGUCUCAGGUCCUAAAUCUAGACCCUUACCAAGUAGAAUGGCUUUGUCGUCACCUGGGACAUUCUGCAGAUAUUCACAAGUCUUAUUAUAGACACAUGUCAGGAUUUGUUGAGAGGGUCCAAUUAAGCAAGUUGUUCUUGGUACAGGACCUUAACAUGACAAGCAAAUACAGAGGAAAAAAUCUUGAGGAGAUAGACAUAUCAGGUACAAUUGAUUUCGGAUGGAAAAUAACAAAAAAAAGGCUGAACUUUACAUGCAGAUGUACUUGUUUCUUUAUAUGGUUAACCAUCAACAUGUUCAUUUAUUGUUCAAUAAUCAAAUAGUUAUAGAAAUUUUCUUUUCUGCAAACUUUCCUCAGCCCUUGUCGGGUUUAAACUGAUUCUUGUUUGAUUGGCAUAUUCUCAUGUUUGCUGCAAAUAUGCCAAAUGUUUUACUAGUUUAUAAAUUGUAAAGCAUUACCUGAUGUAAUCAGAACUAACAUUUACUUAUUACAUGUUACACAAGCAUAAACACAUGUAUUUCACAUCUUAUCCUGACAUUUGCUGAAAAUUAAA